CGCCGUGCGGAGCCUGCACCUCGGCCCCGAGCGCGGCCGCGGUAGACGCCGGCGCUGCUGUUUUUCUCUCCUUUCCCCCAAUAUGGCAGCGGCGGGCGGCGGCGGGCCCUCGGUGGGGACUGGAGAGGACGGUGGAGGCGACGGCUGCAGGACGGUGUACUUGUUUGACCGGCGCGAAAAGGAGUCCGAGCUCGGGGACCGGGUGCUGCAGGUCGAGGAGCGCUCGGACUACGCAAGGUUCCGCGCCUCUGUGUGUCAGACACUUGGCAUUUCACCUGAAGAGAAAUUUGUGAUUACAACAACAAGUAGGAAAGAAAUUACCUGUGAUAAUUUUGAUGAUACUGUUAAAGAUGGAGUCACUCUAUACCUGCUACAGUCAGUCAAUCAGUUACUACUUACAGCUACAAAAGAACGAAUUGACUUCCUACCUCACUAUGACACACUGGUUAAAAGUGGGAUGUAUGAAUAUUAUGCAAGUGAAGGACAAAAUCCUUUGCCAUUUGCUCUUGCAGAAUUAAUUGACAAUUCAUUAUCUGCUACUUCUAGAAACACUGGUAUUAGAAGAAUACAGAUCAAAUUGCUUUUUGAUGAAACACAAGGAAAACCUGCCGUUGCAGUAAUAGAUAAUGGAAGAGGAAUGACCUCUAAACAGCUUAACAACUGGGCCGUGUAUAGGUUGUCAAAAUUUACAAGGCAAGGUGACUUUGAAAGUGAUCAUUCAGGAUAUGUUCGUCCAGUACCAGUGCCACGCAGUUUAAAUAGUGAUAUUUCCUAUUUUGGUGUUGGGGGCAAGCAGGCUGUUUUCUUUGUUGGACAAUCAGCCAGAAUGAUAAGUAAACCUGCAGAUUCCCAAGAUGUUCAUGAACUUGUGCUUUCAAAAGAAGAUUUUGAGAAAAAGGAGAAGAAUAAAGAGGCAAUAUAUAGUGGAUAUAUUAGAAACAGAAAGCCAUCUGAUUCUGUUCACAUUACAAAUGAUGAUGAAAGAUUUCUACAUCAUCUUAUCUUAGAGGAGAAAGAAAAAGAUAGUUUUACUGCUGUGGUUAUCACAGGAGUACAACCAGAACACAUACAGUACUUGAAAAAUUAUUUUCUUCUUUGGACAAGACAGUUAGCGCAUAUUUAUCAUUACUAUAUUCAUGGCCCAAAAGGAAAUGAAAAACGUACUUCAAAAGAAGUUGGACCUUUCAACAACAUUGAUAUUGAAAUUUCUAUGUUUGAAAAGGGGAAGGCACCUAAGAUUGUCAACCUAAGGGAAAUAGAAGAUGACAUGCAGACGUUGUAUAUAAACACAGCAGCUGAUAGUUUUGAGUUCAAGGCUCAUGUUGAAGGAGAUGGUGUAGUGGAAGGGAUUAUUCGAUACCACCCUUUCUUAUAUGAUAGAGAAACUUACCCCGAUGAUCCAUGCUUUCCAUCAAAAUUAAAAGAUGAAGAUGAUGAUGAUGAUUGUUUUAUACUUGAGAAAGCAGCAAGAGGGAAAAGGCCUAUUUUUGAAUGUUUUUGGAAUGGACGGCUAAUACCCUAUACAUCUGUUGAAGACUUUGACUGGUGUACUCCUCCAAAGAAGAGAGGGCUUGCACCAAUUGAAUGUUACAAUAGAAUAUCUGGUGCAUUAUUCACUAAUGACAAAUUCCAGGUCAGCACAAAUAAACUGACUUUUAUGGAUCUUGAGCUAAAAUUGAAAGAUAAGAACACCCUUUUCACAAGGAUUUUAAAUGGACAGGAACAGCGAAUGAAAAUUGAUAGAGAAUUUGCUUUAUGGCUGAAGGACUGUCAUGAGAAGUAUGACAAACAAAUAAAAUUUACAUCUUUUAAAGGAAUAAUUACACGUCCUGAUCUUCCUUCUAAAAAGCAGGGCCCCUGGGCAACAUACUCAGCAAUAGAAUGGGAUGGAAAAAUAUACAAAGCAGGACAGCUGGUCAAGACAGUCAAGACACUUCCUCUCUUUUAUGGAAGCAUAGUAAAAUUUUUUCUUUACGGUGAUCAUGAUGGAGAAGUAUAUGCCACAGGAGGAGAGGUUCAGAUUGCAAUGGAACCUCAAGCACUGUAUGAUGAAGUAAAAACUGUGCCAAUUGCAAAGCUUGAUAGGACAGUUGCUGAGAAAGCUGUGAAAAAAUAUGUAGAAGAUGAAAUGGCAAGGCUCCCUGAUAGAUUGUCAGUAACUUGGCCUGAAGGAGAUGAAUUAUUGCCAAAUGAGAUUAGGCCUGCUGGAACCCCCAUUGGUGCAUUAAGAAUUGAAAUACUGAAUAAAAAGGGGGAAGCAAUGCAGAAACUUCCAGGAACAAGUCAUGGAGGGUCAAAGAAACUCCUGGUUGAGCUCAAAGUUAUAUUGCAUUCUUCAAAUGGAAAUAAAGAAAUCAUUUCACAUAUUAGUCAACAUGGAGGAAAAUGGCCUUACUGGUUUAAAAAAAUGGAAAAUAUUCAAAAGUUGGGGAAUUAUACAUUGAAAUUACAAGUUGUACUGAAUGAAAGUAAUGCAGACACUUAUGCAGGAAGACCGCUACCGUCGAAAGCAAUUAAGUUUUCUGUUAAAGAGGGUAAACCAGAGAAGUUUUCAUUUGGUCUUAUGGAUCCUCCUUUCCGUGUUGGAGUCCCAUUCAAUAUCCCUCUGGAGUUUCAGGAUGAAUUUGGUCAUACUAGUCAACUAGGAAAUGAUAUUCAGCCAGUUUUUGAAGCAAGUGGUUUAUCUUUGCAUUAUGAAGAAAUAACCAAAGGACCAAAUUGUGUAAUUCGAGGUGUUACAGCCAGGGGCCUUGUAAACUCUUGUCAAGGCAAGAAUUUUAAUUUGAAGGUUAUUCUGCCGGGUUUAAAAGAAGACACACAGAUUUUAAAAAUUAGAUUACUACCAGGUCCCCCUCAUCGAUUGAAAGUGAAACCUGAUUCUGAAAUUUUAGUUAUAGAAAAUGGAACAGCUUUCCCAUUUCAGGUAGAAGUUCUCGAUGAAUCAGACAAUAUAACAACACAGCCAAAAUUGAUUGUUCAUUGUAAGUUUUCAGGUGCUCCAAACCUUCCAGUCUAUGUUGUAGACUGCAGCAGUUCUGGAACCAGUAUUUUAACAGGAUCUGCAAUUCAAGUGCAAAACAUUAAAAAAGACCAGACUCUGAAAGCAAAAAUCGAAAUACCUAGUUGUAAAGAUGUGGCACCUGUGGAGAAGACUAUUAAACUGCUUCCUAGUAGCCAUGUUGCAAGAUUACAGAUAUUCAGUGUGGAAGGACAAAAGGCAAUCCAGAUCAAACAUCAGGAUGAGGUUAAUUGGAUAGCAGGCGAUGUUAUGCAUAAUCUUAUUUUUCAAAUGUAUGAUGAAGGAGAAAGAGAAAUCCAUAUAACAUCAGCUUUAGCAGAUAAAAUUAAAGUUAAUUGGACUCCUGAGAUUAACAAAGAACACUUGCUACAGGGUCUCCUUCCUGAUGUACAAGUACCAACAUCUGUGAAAGAUAUGCGCUAUUGCCAGGUUUCAUUCCAAGAUGAUCAUGUGUCUUUGGAAAGUGCAUUUACAGUAAGGCCACUUCCUGAUGAGCCUAAACAUUUAAAAUGUGAGUUAAAAGGAGGAAAAACAGUACAGAUGGGCCAAGAGCUUCAAGGAGAAAUAGUUGUAAUAGUUACAGAUCAGUAUGGAAAUCAGAUUCAAGCAUUUUCACCAAGUUCUUUAUCUGCCUUGGGAAUUGCUGGGGUUGGACUUGACAGCUCUCAUUUGAAAACUACUUUUCAGGAAAAUACACAAAGUAUAAGUGUAAAAGGCAUCAGAUUUAUUCCAGGCCCUCCUGGAAAUAAGGAUCUUUGUUUUACUUGGCGUGAAUUUUCUGACUUUAUUCGAGUGCAGCUAAUUUCUGGACCACCAGCAAAACUUCUUCUUAUAGACUGGCCAGACUCAAAGGAGUCCAUUCCAGUGAUUAAUGGAAGAGAAUUACAGAAUCCUCUCAUUGUUCAACUUUGUGAUCAGUGGGACAAUCCAGCACCUGUACCACAGGUCAAAAUAAGUCUUGUGAAACCUAACAAUUUAAAGCUCACUCCUUCAAACCAACAACAUAAAACAGAUGAAAGGGGCAGGGCUAAUUUGGGAGUGUUGGGUGUUUAUGCCCCUAGAGGAGAACAUGUGAUGCAGGUUAGAGCCAUUUAUAACAAAAAUAACAUAGAAGGACCUAUAAUUAAAUUAAUGAUUCUUCCGGACCCUGAAAAACCUAUUCGUCUCAAUAUUAAAUAUGACAAAGAUGCUUCAUUUUUAGCAGGGAGUAUUUUCACUGAUUUUAUGAUUACUGUUAUUUCUGAAGAUGACAGUAUCAUCAAAAAUAUUAAUCCAGCACGUAUUUCCAUGAAAAUGUGGCAGCUGUCUAACAGUGGGAACCGACCACCAGCAAAUGCAGAAACAUUUAGUUGUAAUAAAAUAAAAGAUAAUGACAGAGAAGAUGGCUGCUUCUACUUCAGGGAUAAAGCAAUUCCUAACAAAGUGGGGACAUAUUGUAUCCAGUUUGGUUUUAUGAUGGAUAAAGCAAAUAUUCUUAACAGUGAACAGAUUAUAGUUGAUGUUCUACCUAAUCAACCUGUGAAGUUAGUUCCUAAAAUCCAGCCAGCUACACCAGCUGUUUCAAAUGUUCGCUCAGUUGCCAGUAGGACGUUGGCCAAAGAUUUACAUCUUAUUAUUACGGAUGACUACAACAAUCAAACUGGAAUUGAUUUGGUUGGCACUAUUGUAGCUAUGAUUAAAGGUUCUAAUGAGGAAGAUACAGAUACACCACUCUUUAUCGGGAAAGUUAGAACGCUGGAAUUUCCCUUUGUGAAAGGUUCAGCUGAAAUCACGAAUCUAGUGCUGGCAGAAAAUAGUCCUGGAAGGGAUAGUACUGAGUAUUUUAUUGUAUUUGAGCCUCAGCUACCAGCUUUGUCAAGAACAUUAGAGCCAUAUAUCCUACCCUUUAUGUUUUAUAACGAUGUUAAGAAGCAGCAACAAAUGGCGGCACUUACAAAAGAAAAGGACCAGGUAUCUAAGAAUAUUAUAAUGUACAGAAGUUUAUUUGAAGCCAGCAAACAGCUUCUUGAUGAAAUGAAGUGCCGAGUUGAAGAAGCAAAAUUAAAAGAAGCUCAGUUGCAAAAUGAACUUAAAACACAUAAUAUUGACAUUCCUGCAACACAACAGAUGCCACACAUUGAAGCACUUUUGAAAAGAAAGCUAUCAGAACAGGAAGAACUGAGGAAAAAACCUAGAAGAUCAUGUACUCUUCCAAACUAUACUAAAGCCACUGGAGAUGUUUUGGGAAAGAUUGCACACUUGGCACAAAUUGAAGAUGAUAGAGCUGCAAUGGUUAUUUCUUGGCAUCUGGCGAGUGACAUGGACUGUGUUGUCACCCUGACCACUGAUGCGGCACGUCGUAUCUAUGAUGAAACCCAAGGUCGUCAGCAGGUGUUGCCCCUUGAUUCUAUUUAUAAGAAGACUCUUCCAGAUUGGAAAAGACCUCUACCUCAUUACCGAAAUGGAAAAUUAUAUUUUAAACCUAUUGGAGAUCCAGUCUUUGCCCGAGAUUUGUUAACAUUUCCAGACAAUGUAGAACAUUGUGAAACAGUUGAUACUGGCUACUGUCUGGGCACUCAGCCGGGGCUGAAGGCUGGCAGAUUUGGGUCUCUCCAUGUUGUUAAAAUUACACACUGCCCUACAUUGCUCACCAGAGACGGAGAUCGCAUUCGAAGUAACGGAAAGUUUGGGGGCCUUCAGAAUAAAGCUCCUCCAAUGGAUAAACUUCGGGGAAUGGUAUUUGGAGCUCCAAUACCAAAACAGUGCCUGGUCUUAGGGGAACAAAUAGAUCUUCUUCAGCAGUAUCGUACUGCUGUGAACAAGUUGAAUAGUGUGAUUGAGGAUCUUAACCGUCAGUUAGAGUAUCUUCACACUCCUGAUAUGAAGAAGAAAAAACAAGAACUUGAUGAACAAGAGAAAAAUCUGAAAUUAAUUGAGCAAAAACUAGGUAUGACUCCCACACGUAAGGGUAAUGACUCAUUGCGCCAUCCAACAAAGGUGGAAAUGACUGAUUGUCCAAUUCCUCCUAAAAGAAUGAGAAGAGAAGCUUCAAGACAAAAUAGGAUUAUAACCAAAUCAGAUGUGUGAACAAUUACAGAGAAGAGGGGGGCCAUUGGUCUCACUCAGAAUGUCCUGCCUUCUGCAGCUCUGUUUUAGAAGACCAAGAGGGUGUAACUUACCAGACUGAAUAUUUCUGGGGAUGAUAUGACUAUCUGGGCAUGCAUUUUCAUGUCGAUCCAGAUGGGACUGGAAACAGCCAUUCAGUUUUUUGAAACUCACUGGACAGUAUGGAUUUACUGGAAUUAUUACAGUCCUCAUGCCCAUUGGUUGUCAUUAUCUUGCAGAUGUGUCAGGAAAAUGUGCAAAUACGGCAGUGACUGUACAACUGGCACACAGCAUUUAUUAAUCCUGAAGAAAAGUAUAUGUACUAUUUUUCAGUAUGAUUAUCAUGGAUAUGCUAGAACUAUUUCUCAAAAACAAACCUUUUUAAUACUUUUGUGUGAAUUUAUUUAACAAAGCUGUUUUGUCUGUCGUAUCUAAGAAAAGUUCUAAAAGUUAGGUAUUUAAUUGUAAAUACGUGAGGAAACUCUUAAUGAAGAAUCCAGAAUAAAAAUAGAAAAAGCACAGGUACCUGGGAAUUCAGAUGUUAAGAUACAUGGGAAAAUGUUAAGUUGAUGAGUGAACUUGUGUGACAGCAGUAGCAUUUUAAAUUUCUAAAGACUUAUCCUGUAUAUAUAUAAAAUAUACAGUGCAUCAAUUUUUAUAAGUUUUUGAUUUUAUUAAUAUUAGAUAUAGUCUCAGCCUUAAUUCUACAUUUUCAUUAUUUUGUAAUUUUUUAUUACUAUUUUUAAAGGGUUAAAGAAGUACACUCCCACAUUAAUGUAAUAAUAGUCUACUAGAAAGUUGCUGCAGCAAUGUUCAAAUUGUGUAUUAAUUCAGGCUAAUGUAUGUCAAUAUAUAUGUCUUUGUGUAAGUCCAGGACUAUUGGUCUGUGAAGUUAUUUUGUAAGGAAAUGCUUUUGGUACAGUUUUGUGUAUCAGGAAAUGUGUGUGUUUUUUAAUCCUUUCUGAAUAUACAGUAAGGUUAAUAAAGAGGAUUGUUUCUUCCCUA